UUCUAUAAGACGUAUUCCAAGCAACAGAUAAAGGUAUCGAUAAACGCAACGUUUAUUCGUAAAUUUGUGACACGAAUCUAAAAAUGAACAGAGCUGUAACUUCAAUUCUUUGUUUGAUUUUAAUUAUUUCUUUGGUAGCAAUAAUAUUAUACUUGACUAUUCGUGAGCCGAGUGAUAAAGUCGUCGAUGAUCAAAAAGUAGAAACAUUCAAAAAUAAGGUAAAAUCGGCAUCAUCAUUACUCAACAGCCUUUGGAGUGUAGAGAAUUGUCAACCUAUUGUUGAUGAAGCAAAUGAUUCUGAUUUUAUUGAUAAAUUCAUUAGACGUUUUACCGUUGGGAAUUCUCAAGAUUAUAUAUCGACAGGAGGUAUAGCUGAUUUCGCUUGUAGUAUCUCACAUCACUAUGCACAUACAAAUAAAAACGUAAAUUACAAAAUUUGUCUUGAGAAAAUAAUUGAUUAUUAUUAUGAUAAACUGUUUAAAAAGUUGAAUCCUCAGAAAUUUACAAUGGCCAUUAAUGAAUAUGCUCUAUACGUGACAAGAAUUUUUAUUUUAUACGGGUAUCACUUGGAAAAAGAUGGAACAGCCAACUUCUAUAAAGAAAAAUGUCAUCCUGUUAUUGUCAAAUUGUUGCCGAAAUUCAAUUGUAUUGUUGAUAAAGAUAGCUUUGGAGAUAUUAAUUCUCUUUGGAUUAAUACAACCCGUCUGUUAACUCUUUAUCUCUGCGAUAAAGACCAGUAUGAUAAAGAAGUAAACAGUCCUGAAAUGACAACAUUCCGUAGUACCGUUGAUUCAGAUAUAAAAAAAGACCAUAGUAAUUCGUUUUAUUUAACUAUCGACUACAACUUUUACUUUAAAUUGUAUAAGAUUAUAGUUGAAAGCUGAGGAUGAAAAAUUUAUUUAUUAUCUUCAUGAUUAAACGUUAAAUAAUUAAUCAUAUUUGAGUACGAUUUUCAAAAAGCUGAAUUACAUGGAGAUAAAUUUAUGGUAACAAUUACAAUAUACUAUGGAAAUGGUGUCCAUGUCUUAUGGUAACAAAUUUUUUUUCAACAUCGAUUAUAAGAAUGAC